CAUACAAAGCCCCGCUUUGUCUUCCCAAACCCGUGCAGUUCGCCGCCUUAAACCCCAGAAGCCCAACCCUCUUCCAUCACCGUCUCCUGCUACCAUGGCCGCCGCUGUCGCAGCUAUCCGCCGUUCCUCUGCUAGACUCUCCUCCAUCCUCCGAUUCCCCUUCUCCACCAUCGCGCCUCACUCCGAGCCCCCCGCUUCCGCCGGUCCCAACCCCUUCUCGGCUCUCAGAUCCGCGAUCCACUCCGAGUCCGAUCCCAACCGCAUCGCCGAGCUCUUUCAGUCCUCCGCCCACCUCCCUCGCUUCCACGCCCACCGCGACCUCUUUGGUUUCGCCGUCCAGAAGCUCGCCCGCGCCCGCCGCCCCGACCUUGUCGAGCGCGUCUUGUCCCCCUUCCUGUCCGACCCCAGGUCCCCCAAGUCCGAGGGCUUCCUCGUCCGCUUCAUCUCCCUCUAUUCUUCCGCCGGCAUGCCCGACCAGGCGGCCGCCACCUUCGACCGCAUCCCCGACAUCAUCGGCCGCCCUCGCUCUGAUAAAUCCCUCUCCGCUCUUCUCUCUGCCUAUUUACACAAUCGUCGAUUUGAUUUAGUCAUCAAGACCUUCAAUCGUGCACCAAAGGAGCUCGGCAUUUCUCCUGGCGUUAUCUCUCAUAACAUCCUCUUGCAAGCCCUCUGCAGAAAAGGUGAUGUUAAAACUGCCAGCAACGUGCUCGAGGAAAUGGGUAAGAAAGGUGUUAAGCCGGAUAUUGUAUCUUAUAAUACUCUCUUGAGCGGGUACUUGAAGAAAGGAGAUGACGAUCGAUUUGAAGCGAUUCUUAAUGAAAUCUUGAAUAACAAGGGAUUGGAGCCCAAUGUCGUGACCUAUAAUUGUAGGAUUUCCAAGUUCUGCCAAAUUUCAGAGAGUCGUACGGCCGAAGAGUUGCUAGAAGUGAUGAUUUCGAAAGGGAUUCAACCUAACUUGAUGUCCUUUGGAACCAUAAUCCGUGGGUUCAUCAAGGAAGGAAUUGUUAGUGCUGCAGUUCGGGUGUUCAAGAGAAUGAGGACCGUGAAGAGGAAGAAUGGGAGUGAAAGUCUCUCGCCUAAUGUUGAGAUAUAUGUUUUGUUGAUUCGGGGUUUGAUUGAGCAAAAUGAGUUUUGCGAGGCACUUGCAAUUUGCAAGGAGUGCUUGACUAAGAAAAUAGCACCACCAUUUGAGGUUGUUAAAGAACUGAUUGAUGAUCUGUUGAGGGACUCAAAGGUUGAUGAGGCAAGGGAUGUUGUGGCCAAGAUGAGGACGAUAACUAAAGGUGAUGCUGUGGAUGCUUGGAAGAAACUUGAAGGUGCACUCUCUUUGUAGGCAACCGACUUGAAUUGUUCACUCUUGUUAUACAUUUUGGUUAAGUUACUUAACAUCAAACAGAAACUACUUCUAUGUUUACUUGUAACCUGUGUUAGUUUAUUGGAACUCGUGAAAUUUUGUUCAAUAAUUUUUUGCUUUGUGUGGCAUCUAUGUGCCAACUUCCACUCUCUGAGGCUGUAUUUGAGUUGCAUCAUCAGCUAUCACAGUGAAAUAAGAUGCUAUCGUUGUAA